GCGGGAUUCUGGAAGCAGACUCUUGGUUGUGGAGCCAUCGAAACACGCGCAUACAUCACGCGACAACAGUGACCUCUAGUUGUUCUCUGCAGUGACAUGGCGCAGGAACUGACGGAUAUUUUAAGGCUUCAGAACUCAAACGACUGGGCGAACCUGAGCUCUUUCAUCAGGCUACGUUUAAACGAGAACGACCUGUCAGAUCUGAUUGACUACCCCAGCCUGGAUAUGGUGGAGCCGCCUGUUAAGACGGCUCUCGUCUGGAUAUACUCCCUGACAGCAGCACUUAGCGUCGCCGGAAAUGUCACCGUCAUAGUGGUGCUCUCCUUCGGGAAAAGGUCUUCGGGAGAUUUGAGGGCUUUUCUCAUCAACCUGGCCGUGUCUGACGUAACAAUGGCUAUUUUCUCAAUCCCCUUCACCUACACCAUGUUCAUGCUGGGUCGCUGGAUCUUCCACCCGCUAUUCUGCUCUGUGGUCAUAGCAAUGCAGCAUAUAUCGGUUGUAGUGUCGGUCUACACUCUCACAGCCAUAGGCAUCGACAGGUACAACGCCAUCAUGCAUCCGCUCGAACGUAGGUUCACAAAGCUGCGCACGAAGCUGAUAUUGGUUGGCAUCUGGGUGGCUGCCGUCGCAGUCUCUGGCGUCCAGCUGCACAUAGCUCGCUCCGAGCGCUUCAAGUACGCAGGAGAGUGGCACUGGGAAUGUGGAGAACAGUGGAGCUCCAUUGAGGACGGCCAGACCUACACGAUGCUUAUAUUUUCCGUAACGUUCGCUGUUCCGUUGCUUAGCCUCGCCUUCACGUACACGUGCGUCGGACGGCGUCUAUGGCUACGAGCGUCACCGGGCAAUGCCGAUCCGACGCGGGAUUUGACACAGCUUCGAGCAAAAAGAAAGAUCAUCAAGAUGCUGGUGACCAUUGUGGUGCUAUUUGCAUUGUGCUGGCUUCCACUGCAGACCUUCCUACUGCUUUACUACUUUGUUCCCGGGUUCGACUCCUACCAGACAGAUGAAGAACGAAAGGUGUACGCUCUCUCCUACUUCGCCUGCCACUGGCUCGCUAAUGCCAACAGCAUGGUCAAUCCCUUUGUAUACUGCUUCAUGAGCGAUAACUUCAGGGCUGACCUAAGGGACCUGCUGACUCCCAGGGCAAGAAACAGCAGAGACAGCAUAAGGAGCGCAUCCACCAGAACUACAAUCAGUCAGUUCCAGCGAUGUGGUUCAGGGUCGAUUGCAACGAGGCAGUGGAAUACCGGAAGUGCCAAUGUUGUUAUGAAGGAUUACAAACCAACGUACACAUUCAACUGUCAACAAGACUCCACAUCUCAGCUGUAAUCGCAAGGAAAGUGCGACUAGCGGACAAGAAUUUGUUACUCUGACUUAAUAUUCGGAAGACACAGAGUUCAGUCCCCUCGAAAUCAGUUUUCACAGUGGCUUUAAGUUGCCCGAACACUGGAGUGAGCUCCAGCCAUGUCCACCAUCGCGACUGCCACCGAUUUGUAUGCACUGUCAUCUAGUGUUGAAUCACCGCUUUCUUAUGCCAUCAGGUGUAAAGAAGUUGAAGCUCACCAAAACACGACUCCUCUGACUGUGACCAGAAAGUGCAAUUAUCACUUUUCUUUUAGCAUGAGAAGUGAAAGGUAAAGAUAAAAUUAUUCCUGGUGUUAAUUAAUUAAGCAUUACGCGAUGAAGACAUAAGGCGGAGUGGAGAUGUAGCUCCACCAUUCUUAACCUCGUCACUAGUUUGAGGCGAGUGGUAUCUUCACACUCCUGCCGCUUUACACCUGGGGAAACAGCUCCCGGUAUUCGCUUGAUAGACUAGAUGAGUUAUGGAGAAGAGAAAAAUCCCUUGCCCAUACCGGAAAUCGAACCCCAACUAUUCGAUCUUCGGGGCCGUAACCCAGUCGCUACACCAACUGAAUUAUUCCUGCAAGAAAGCUGAAGAAAACACGUAAAGGUAGGGCGAAAUUCAGUGCAAUAUUUCUGUAUGAAAGUCACUUGUAAACGCAACUGUUGCGAGGGCUAUUGUCAACCGUGAAGUAAAGCUGUCUGCAGGCUUCAGCCAAUAAGCUGUUUCCCCGGGGUAAAGCGACCGAACCGUGAAGCUGACCACUCACCUCCAUCUUGUGCCGAGGUCAAGUAUGGUGAAGGCAUACCUCUGCUCCACCAAGUUGUGGUGCUUAAUUAAUCACAGGACCAACUUUACGUUUAGGUUUCAUGUUCUAGUAUAAAGUAGCAUAAGAGUGGCUGCACUUCUGUGAGGCCGAGCAGGCUGGUGUCGCGGUAACUGUGCAGAUUUGUGUCCUAGAGGUGCUCGGUUCAAAUCCCAGCAAGGGGUGUGGCUAUCCUGACUAACAUUUCUCAGUCCCUCAUUUGAAAUGUCGGGUGGUCCUUCGCCUAGGUGAUGGCCGUUUCCUUCACAAAUCCUUCCCAAUGCAAUAUCCGUCGAAAAGCCAUCCCUCGUCGUAGGGUAUCAAACGAUGUAGAAGAAAGAAACCUAUGAAU